AUGGCAUUUGCAAUGUCUGUUCCCACCAUUCCCACUGCUCCUUGCCAUCAUCCGAAGAGCAAACAAGACCCUCUUAAGAGUUUACAGGUAUUUGGCGUGCUGAAAAAGCACCUCGAGGCAGACGAACGGUGCCGCACUGGCGUCUCGGAAGACGCCGGGAAUACCGGACUUGCCGUGCCUUUACCGCCGGGGCUGCCCCCGCGCCGCUCCCGCCCGCCCCGAGGGGCCGCUGGACCCCGGCCCCGGCACCGCCCGCAGCCCCCACCGCCCGCCCCGCUACGGCCGUUGCCGGGAGGCGGCGAAGGGGCUCUCGGCGGCCAGCGCCGCUCUGCCCCGCCGUGGCUUCCCCGCAGCCGGGGCCGCCCCGCACCGCGCUCGGCUGGCUGCAGAGCCGCGAACUCUCUCCCGCUGCCCCGGGCGCUACCGCAGAAGCGGAACCUUGCCCGGGAGCUGAUAGAGGGAACAAUUCACUGUAAGCCAGGAGCCGCAGAGGCUCAGGUGCAGGACAUCUACACGAUGCUAACUAAUAGAGGGUGAGUUGAAUUAAAAAAACUUCAAGACAGGGAAGUUGAUUUUACUGACUCCUAUUACCAGGCACAGUUACCCAUGGUCACCAGAUCAACAGCUUCAAAGGCUAUCAAGAGUAACAUCAGGCUAACAGAAAUAAUGAUGGAGCCUAGUAUUAACUUAAAUAGACAGAAGGUUAAUGCCAUCAUUAAUAUGCACAUGAGAAUGCAAGAGAGGGAAGAGGAUUGAUGGCGGUUUAACAUUAAACCAAAUUUGGGACAACGUGCGGUUCACCAUCUUUGUUGCUGCACACCCUCUGAGAACAUAGCUCAUAUCCCAAAGGAAAAACUGUUUGCCACAUCGUAUUCCUCAGAAAAAAGAGGCAAAACAGGUGUUCAUGUUAAAGAAAACCAGGUGAAACAAGCUGACAGAUCCUGUUACGAGGGAUGCUUGGUACCUCCCUGGAGACCACUGCAAGGGUUACCCAGAGUGGAACACUGGAACACAAACCCCAUUCUGAUUACAGUAGUGUUGACUGCAUAAUCAACACGAAGAAAUUUAAGUUUACUGUCUGUUAGGGAACAAUUAUUUUUUAAGCAAAUAAAUUGAAAACCUCUUUGAAAUCACUGUAUUCUAUAAAAUGCAGCUUUCAUUAUUAUUUCUUAAUUUCUGCAAUACUGUAAUUUACUCGUUUUUAUAACAUUGCCUUGCUUCCUUGUCAGCUUAAUUUCUUCCUAGAGCUGGUUUAUUAUUAAUUUUUCCUGACAGAAGUGUUACUGAUACAACACUGGAAGCCACAAGGUAUAAUUGUUGUAUGUGAAAUAUUCACUAAAUUUGAAAGCAUACUUCAUGUCUUCCUAUCUUGACCUAUUGUGCAAAUGCAUACUGGUCUUCACAACUGCUUUUCUAUAUAUAUUCCCCACCCCGUGUUUUUGAUAAUUUUUAAUCUAGAGCAAAGAUGAUUGUGGAUUUCAUUUCCUUCCUACAUAAAUGUGUAAGCUUCAAGUUUUAAAAAAAAAAAACAAACCACUAAUGCCUAUUCUGAAAAAGAGAUCUAGACUCAGUAGUUCAGUUUUGUUUUCUGUGUAGAGAAUGAAGGGAGUUUCUUGCAUUAGUGUCAUCUUAAAUUGUUGCAAUUCUGGAUUUAAAUGAUUUUACCCAAUGGAGAUAUUCAACACCAUGGAUUUAAAGCGUCAUAUCUCAUUUUAAAGGCAGUCUUUGCAAUGGGAAGAGUUUAUAGCAUGAUAGAAUUUUUUUUUUUAAUUGUUUUGGAACCCACCUAGGAAAGUAUCACAUGUAACUGCAGUCUGUGAAGCUUAUAAACAUGUCAGUAAUGUUGGUCAGAUUCUUUCAACAGAACAAUGACUUUGAUUUUGUAGGGAUAAAGUGCUGUUAAACUUAACUGAGAUUUAAUAGUAUUGGAAAGCACUAGCUGUAUAGCUUGAUAAAUUUCUUCAUUCAAACAGAAAUAGGACUUUUACAGAAGAGUCAAACAAUCA